UUAGUAGGCCACUUACAUAACUAAAAACUAAGCACACUUCUAACAAAAACACUAGGAACGCACAAAAACCAAAAAGAUAUUAGGACGGAAUUUAAACACAACGUAAGCUAAAAAUGCCCUCGGCAAAGGAAAAUCGAUUGAGGAGGGAAAGAAUCCUGCAGUUCAUACGCGAAAACAGGGAGCUCAUGCCCAUUAGUUCGACGACAGUACUAAAGCCACCUUCGGUGAAAAAGGAGGACACUUUGAGGCAAAAAAAACGCGUCACAUUUACCCAUGGCAAACAGCGGAGCAUUGGGGACUCGGCCAAAACUAAGGAAAACGAGCAGAAUAUUGGGCAGGGCCUGACGUCCUGUUUGAUUACCAGGUCCUCGGAUACCCGAUUAUCGAGCGGAGCCAACAACCCAACAGAGAGUACUGUGGAAAAAGUCCAGCGAACAGACAGCAAAUGCCAAGACUCACGAUUAGUGGCCGGUGCCAAUAAUCCAGCGGCGCGGAAUGUCGGUAAAUUACCUAGGACCGACAGCGAGUGCCAGUUCAAGGAGCCCGGAAUAUUUUUUCUGCAAAAGCCCCAUUCCGAUUUUACCACCCAGGAAGUCAAGCUGAACUCGAAGCCUCUAAGAAAGGAGUUGAAGAACAAGUGCGACUUCUUUCCGAAAUAUGUGGACGAUCGACCAUUCAAGGAUGAGGCCACACAAACCCUCUAUAGGGAAUCCUCUGCGCAGACUCUGGCUUUUUUACCACAAAUCCUGAGCCAAGACAAAUCGGAAACUCUUGAGCUUUAUACUCUGGCCAAGUUGCUGCCAGGCGACAAGCCACCAGGAUUGCAUGAGGUGGAGUUUCUGGAGCGGGCCCGUAAGCGAUGGAAAUUCAGUAAGGCACUGAAGGAUAACUUUAAACGACUUCUUCGUGAGGCGAGGAAAGUGUCUAUAAACACGCAGUACAAGGAGAUUUUGGAAGCCUUCGAGUGGGAGCAGUGGAUCCAGCGAGAGGAGGACAUACAGGAGUGCCAGAUGAUGCGACUGGAAAUCGUGAUCAAGAUGUUUGACAAACGAGAGAAGGCCAUGCACACCGCCUCCAAGGCUCGAAUCGAAAAGUCCGUAGAGCAAAUCGAAAAGCGGCGGCAGGAUGGUCUGCGCAAGAACGAAAUUGAGUACCAGCGGGGAAUGCGACGCAACUAUAUUCAGUUGGCCAAAACCGCUCGAAAGUGGGAGAAGCAGAGCCCCAUGCAGGCUCUUGGAUCACCAUGCUCCGAGUUCUACGGCCCCCUGUUAAGGCAUGGCGUUGAUCCAGCCAGACGAUGCUUUGAGUCUCACACUGAACGCAAGGCAUUCGACAUGAGGAUCGAUGAACUGGAAAAGCGGGUGAAUAUGCGCAAUGUGCAGUGCCCCUUCAGCAAGCUGAAGGAAUGGUCCAAGCCCAAGGAGUACGACAGAGAGUAUGAGCGCAACUUCUGCAAUGACGGAAAUCUACAGAGGCUGUACGAGUCCUUGAAGACGUUGCGAACGCAGGCGGACUUGGCAAAGGAACCACCGCAGUGCCUGAAAACACGACUGCGAAUUGAGCAUCGAACUUCUAGUACUAGUUCCGGCGAAUCCUUCCGCAACUACAAUUGGCAAACUCGCAAAUCGCGCUUUGUGGAACUUCCCGAGGGCUUCCGUCAAAGCAAGAAAUUAAAAAAACUGCUGCCACCAAAAGCUGAGAAGUCGGUGAGGGGCUCCGUCAUCAGGCGAGAGGAUUUGGAGACACUGAUAUGCUCAUACGAAGGCAGUUAUAUUGGCACGAUCAUGCAGUUCCUUGCGGAUGAAAUGCAACGAUUGAGGGAGCAGCGCAAGCUGCACUUCUUCUGCAUUCUGGCCCAAAAGGAACGCUGGCGCCGUGAAGCAGCCGAAGCUGGAUUGAGGCAGAAGGAGAACUGCAUGAGGAUGCUCUACGAGGAGAUGUUCCAGCAUACGAAUGCCAUCCACAGUGAGAUUGCUGAGAAAUAUGCCGACACCAUACUGACCACCGAUGUGGGCCAUAUGGUAGAGGAGGAGACUGCGGAAACUAUUACCGAGCUUGCUAAGCAAAUUGAUGCCGACAUAGAGAGGUGGCUGGAGUCCUUCAAGCUGAUCCAGAAUCCACUCAAUUUCACCCCACUGCGCCUCAUGCUGCAGGACAUGGUAUCUCCGGAUAUGGGCGCAACGCUGCGCCGCUACGAGACUUCCAUGAUUGUCCAGUACAUUGUGGAGGACGUGAUCUUUUACAACUUGUGGCAGGAACUCGAGCCAUUCGACAUUGCCAGCACUUUGACCAGCGAUCUCAUUGAUCGCCUCAUCGACAACGAUCUGUUGUUGUUCUCAUCGGAUAGCGAAAGCGAUAGUGGACAUGCAGUUUCCUGGAAGGAGUCCCAUGCCUUAAUACGCAAGCUUAUUCGCCAAGCCGUUCCGGGCAGACGCUGGAAGGAGGAAAACGAGAGGAUUGCCAGCGAAACCUUCAACAGCCUCUUUGACGAGGUGUUUGCCAAUAUUCUAUUUGGCAUUGAAAAUCCGGAACCAGUACGGGGCACCGAUCUCUUGCAGCUUUGUGCAAGUAAAUCAUAUGCUUUCUUUGCCCACGAGAUUCCGAAUAGAGUGCCUGAGGGGCGGUUGGGGUCUUCUCAAUCGGAUUCAUUUGAAAAUGCCAAUCUUCUACGAAUGCAAUUUCUGUCUCUCAUUAAAAAAAUUAAAGAAGAUAAGGUAACCAAAAAGUUGGAGAAAAGUGGGGAGAAAGUGAAGUUGACUGAAAAUGAUGCCGAACUAUUUGACGACUACAUAAAGAACGAAGUGCUCCAAAGCUCGAAAUUCCUUAACUUCCUAUCUCCAGUGGCUGACCCCGACCUAUAUUCCAUUAAAAGUGUUGUCGAUCUUGCCGAGUACGACAACAAUCUAAACGAACUCCGCGGAUCUUCGACGAUGCAGCUUGCGCAAUUAGCAGAAGAUGAGAAUGACGCUGAGAGUGGAGGCGCUGAGAGUAGAGACGAGGAAGUUAAUGCCAACAAUUUUGAACAAGAAGUAGAGCCGGAAAAAGUCGAAGCUGAAGAACUAGAACAAGAGGAAUUGAGAAGUAAAUCCCUAAGCAAAUCUGAUGACUUAGAAACCAUAAAUACCGAAGAGCUUGAGGAGGAGCAUACCGAUGUGGCAGAAGAGGUAAUUGUGUAUUCCACCAAAGAAUCGCAGGUCUUCAAAUUCAGAUGAAUGUUCGAAUUCCAGAUUUUAAUUUCUCGUUACUUUCAUACGCAUACAUAAAAAAAUGUAUUAUUAAACGUAAUACGAAUAAAUUGUGGUAAAAUAUA